AUGCCUCAAACUUUGAAGACUCUAGGCCCCAAGGCCGCAGCCGAUCUAGAUGGCGAUCUGAUGUCUGACGCUGGUGGCUUCAGCAUUGACCAGCUCAUGGAGCUGGCUGGUCUGUCUGUAUCGCAAGCUGUCUACAACGUUCAUCCACCUUCCGCAGGCAACAAUGGUGGUGAUGGAUUAGUAGCAGCACGGCAUCUGUACUUUUAUGGUUACACUCCAGUAGUGUACUACCCUAAGCCCACAAAGAAGCCCAUAUACGAUGGCUUAGUCAAACAACUGAACAACCUGCACAUCAGAUUUGACAAUGAGACUCCAUUCGACAAGCUGGCAGGAGAAUCUGAUCUUAUUGUUGACGCUCUUUUCGGAUUUAGCUUUCAGCCGCCGGUUCGAGAGCCAUUCGACCAAGCAAUCGCCGUCAUGGAGAAGGGUGUGAAACCAGUUCUUGCCGUUGAUACUCCAAGCUCUUGGCAUGUUGAAGAUGGGCCACAAAAUGAAGGACUGGGGAGCAAAUACAUGCCCGAUUAUUUGAUCAGCUUGACUGCUGCAAAGCCUAAUGUAGGACACUUUAAGGGUAAGAAGCAUUUCAUCGGAGGUCGGUUUCUGGGAGAAGAUGUGGCGAAGAAGUAUAACCUCAAUAUACCUGAGUACAAGGGUCUGGAUCAGAUCGUGGAGGUGCCUGUCGAUGUUAAGGUCGAGAAGCUGUGA